AUGCGAGUCAUCACCCGCCUCCUAGCUUCCCCAGUCACCAUCGGCUCCAAAGCCAGCUUCAACACCUCCCCGCUCGCGCUUCUCCCUCCCAUCCCGCUGUACCGACGCAUCCUGAGGGUUCACCGCAAAAAGCUGCCAGGCGAGAUGCGGCUGCUUGGAGACGAGUACGUGAGGAGCGAGUUUCGGGCACAUCGGAAUGUCGAGAAUCCGAUUCACAUUGUCGGCUUUUUGACCGAGUGGCAGCUAUACGCCCAGAAAUUAGAGGGGGAUGCGUGGCGGGGCGACAAACUGGAUAAGGCCAAGUUGGAGAAGAUGAGUGACCAGCAGAUCGGACAGCUUUAUGAGCUCAUGCAGGCUAUCAAGGACAAAUCUGAGGGGAGCGAUGAGGAGAAAUAG